AUGACUCUGUUCAGUACAGGAAGGUUCUUGAUCCUUUCGACAGUCCUACUGGAAUUCACCAGAGCGAGUUGCGUUCGAGCAUUCGCAGCAGUCUCCCUUCGUACUCGAGCCUCCAACUCUGACCCUGAGAUGGCGUCUCGUCACGCUGCAGAACUUGCAGACGAGGCUACAAGCGCUUCGAGUCGACAUCUGCUGUAUCCCGGUACCAAGGUUCCGCAGGAAGUCAUGAGUUAUCUCGUCGAAGAGCGGCACGGUGUUGACCAGCACAUCCCUAUGAAGUUCCGCUUCGGCACGGGGCCAACGGUCAAGUCCAAAAUUGCGGAGAUGCUUCACGAUGAACGCACAUUCGUCUCGAGCUUUUCUUACUAUGGAUCCACCUAUUUUAUCGUCCCUGCUUCCAGCUACCCUGACUCAGCCUUUCCGACCUGGGAUCACUUGCUUUCACAUCCCGGUCUUCGCCUUCCGGCAGACGUCAUUCAGCCCUUCUUCGUCACGAAUGUUGUGCGCGUUCCCGGCACUAGGGCGCGGCAUCUAGAAACUUUGAUUUUUCGGUGCUUUGUGUACGAACGACAUCCUCCGAGGAUGACAAGACACAGCUUAUACGGUCCUUCCAAGAGCGUCGGAACUAUCUGA